GAGGAGUGUGGCAGCUGUCUGUCAAUAUGUCGAGAUGGAGCAACAGAAGAAAAUAGCUAAGGAGCGGAGGAAAGCUGAGAAGAAGGAAGCUGUGGAGUGUGCAGCUGCUGAACGUGCCGAAGCCGAACUCAAGAAAAAGAAGAAGGAAGCGAAGGCGCUCAAGGAUGCAGAACAGAAGGAGGAGAUGCGCAAGUGCCUGAACAUUAGAAUGGCGUUGCGUGUAGGUGAGCUUUGUGAUGAGGUGAGAGAAGAAGUGCGGCAGGAGAUCUGUGACGCGAUUGGGGAGUUGUGUACGGUAGUGGCGCGGGGUAAACAGAAGGUUGCCCGAUCAGGUUCACCUGCUAACAGCGCUAGCAGCAGCGAUACUGAGGAGUUGAACUUACGGACACGCGACCUGUGCCUUACUGAGAAGAGGAAACGGGGACCAAAAGUUGUACUUGAGGAUAGUCCCCCGAUGGAACUACCUCCCAAAUGUACGCCUCGUCGGGCUCGUGGACAGGGCUACGAGAUGCGUAGAAUGGCGAGAGCGAGGGCCGCAGUGAAGACACCGACUCCGAAGAAGACUCCGCCCUCUAUCCGGAAGAAGACUCCGGCGGCCAUCGGUGUAGUCGGGAAACUGAGAUUCGAGAAGAAAGUAAUGAAUGACUUGACGAAUUUGGACGCCUUGGUAUUGUAGAAUACCAUAGCAAGUUUGAAUCCAUCUUUGAUAUUGCCGCACAUCGUACUAGCGUGGCCUAUGGCUCGAACGAUGACGACAAUGAGACGUCAACCCAUGAGGGCACCGCGGAUACUGCCGACGAGGAAGGGUUAAUCGCGCGCAUAAGACACU